CAAAUUUAUUUUGUUUUAUUGAAUUUUGCUAUAAAUUCGUGAAAACAGUUAAGAAAUAAGUAAAGAAAAUGUAUAUGGACAAGAUGGUGCGCAACGACUCCUACGAGCCGGAUUUGCGCAAGGAGGGCAAAUACAUCUGCCCCAUGCCAAAGCCCCCCUCGCCGCCAAUGGGCGUAGAGAGUUGGCACGCCCACCUGGCGCCACACGAGCGUCUCUUCUACCACCAGACAAUGAGUUCCGUUCGCUAUAGCAAACGUUUUCGUGCCACUGCGAGUAUUCCCAAGGAUUCGCUGGAUUUCCAGUUGCAGGCGCGUUACGAUCAUGGAAGGGAAACAUUUCCCGAGAAAGUCGAUGCAGUGUUGCAAAGGGACACUUGUGGCGCCACGCCCAGCUGGGCAGCGCCAUAUGGCCAGUCGGAGGUGGGCUCCAACGCCAGGAUGAAUUUGUUCCGAGUGCUGAGGAAUACGCAAGUUGUACGGGUUAAAAUGCAGGAUUCACUGGGGCAUCCUUUGAUCAUUGGCGGUUGCAAAGAGAAGAUUCAUCCAUCUCGGGUCAAGCUGAUCUGCAGCGGAGUCCACACGCAGCUGGUGAACAAUGGCUUCUCUCGCCAGACAUCCGAUGGCAACUUCUUCCGCUACUGAAUCAGUACUUUUGCUGCACCCCACUUGCCACUGCCCCGCUUCACACACGGAAUGAUAAGCUGAGCUAUUUUUUGUGGUGUCAAAUUGUGUUUUUACAGCAUCAUCGUCAACAUCAUUUGGACAAAUGGCAAAUACAAAUUGAGAGAGCAACAAGAAAAUCAAUAAAAUAAAUGCUGGUCACGCAGUCGGCGCCAGUUUGGCUUGCUUGGCGGGCAGCUGCUCCUCCAACUCCAGCUGGUGAUCCUCCUCGUCCUCGUUCAGUUGUCGUGCUUGGAGUUCAUCUACAUCAUCCUCAUGUGCCGCCGGCUGCUGUGCCGCUUUAUGACGUUGUUGCUUUUUGUUUUGAUUACGAUAACUUUUGGGCAGUUUAUUUUCACCAAUCCUGCAAAGGGAAACAUAAUCUUAAUAAUCUCUUUGUAUAUAAUAUACACAUCUGGACAGUAAAAUAGGUGUGACGACAAUAAAUUGUUGGCUUUUUUAAUGUA